AUGUUGACAACAUCUCCAAGGAUUCACAGCUCCGCCAAUGCCUCACCUAGCAGUUUCCACUAUGCUCCCACCCGCUCCUUGCCUCAGUCUCCCUCCUCCCGGCUAUCGGCCUCCCUGACGCGACGACAUUCUCGAUCCCAUUCAUCAACAGAGUCUUUGUCCUCCACUUCGCCCACGCAACAGCAACAGCAACAACAGCAGUUACCGAAACAUAGCCAGACACAGCCGCAGGCACAAUCCCCUCACUCGCAGCCCAGGCGUCAUUGCCGUCCAGGCACGGGCGACGACACAACUCCGCCCGUCAACACACCCAUACCUUCCUCGCAGACCUCUGCGACUCAGCAGCCCGUACCGACAGUAGCCUUAACAUCGGCAGCACGGACCCAACAGCCCAUACUCAACGAGCCCGCAUCACAGACGACUGCACUGCGGCAAGCCAGCGACAAUACGCUGUCUCCAGGAAAGCGUCGCAAGUCGCAAGACCAUGGCGCUCACGCGCAGACCGAUCUUUCCAUCAUCGCUGACGCCGAGGCCGCCAACGCACCUAAGAGGCAGAGGCCGGCACCGGCGCCCCAGAAAGUCCUGCCUCUACGAUACGAACUCGGCACGACCGAAGACAUGGUGGUUCUGAUCGCCCACAUGCUCUCCGAGCUGAUCGAGACCAAUGAUGCACUUGCUCUACAGUCUGGGAAUCUGACUAGGUUUCAUUCCAGAACCGCGCCGAGCAUAUCCGUCCUUGAAUACCUUAACCGGCUAGCCAAGCAUGCGACAUUGACGCCGCCGCUCCUACUGUCCAUGGUCUACUACAUUGAUCGCCUCUGCGCCCUCUACCCCGAAUUCACCAUCAACACUCUAACGGUGCACCGCUUCCUCAUCACUGCUGCUACCGUGGCCGCCAAAGGUCUGUCCGACUCGUUCUGGAAUAACACUACAUAUGCGCGCGUGGGCGGUGUCAAGGUCGCCGAGCUCAAGCUCCUCGAGCUCGAGUUUCUAUACCGCGUCGACUGGAAGAUCGUACCGAACCCGGAGGUACUGGUGGCGUAUUAUCGCGGCCUCGUCGAGCGAUGUCCAGGUUACGCUCUUGAAGGAGACGACCAAGUCGGUGCAAACACUGAUGACGGUCCAAGUAAGGAAGGGGACGACUCUAGUGACAUCUCGGACGAUACCGACGAGGAGGAGAAUAACGGGUCGCCGGGGGAGGAUACGCCGGCAGACGGACCUCCUCAGCGCAAUAAUGCAUGA